AUGCUCACGCCACCUUAUCGUGUCUCCCCUGCGCGCGUCCUUGGAGUCAUGGCGUGCGACCUUGGCGUCAUGUGUUGCGUCCUUUACGUGGCAGCAUGCUUGCUUGGACAGGAACCGAACUGCGAGCGCGGAUGGCAAAAUAACAGGGUGCUGUGUCCGCGUCGAAUUACGCCCUUUGGAAUCCCCAAGGAGUUGCACUGGAAGCCACCCGGAGGAGAGUUUAUUGUGUACAAAACCCACAGACUGCUUCUUGUCCUCUUGGGUAGCCUUGCAACGGCCGCGCAGAUGAUUGUGGAGGAAGUAUUUCUGAAGAAACACGGUUUUCACGCCCUGCACGUGGUCGGCAUGGAGGGAUUCUUUGGAAUGUUCGUCAUGGGUUUCGUAAGUUGUCCUCUCUACACCGCCAGGCGGAGUUAUACAGACACUCUCUUUGAUGGCUUUCAGGGUCAACUUGCCACCGUACCAACUCUUCCAUGA